AUGCAGUUCCAGAGCGCUCUUGCUUGCCUCUUGACUUACGCCGUCGUAGCUGUCGUAGCUAAGCCUGUCGCCCGCCAGGCUACCACGUCUGUCAGCAGCGGGGCUACUACGUCUGUUAGCAGCGGGGCUACUUCGUCUGUCCUCGACGGCGCUACGACCUUCGUCGUCGUCGCGCCGGCGGUCACAGGCGGCUUCGCGAGCACUUCAAUCAGUGUCGGUCCGAGCACUACCCUCUCCGCGGUCGGUGCGCCGGUAGGCACAGACGGCUUCGCUAGCACUUCGAUCAGCACCGGUCCGAGCACUACCCUCUCUGUGGUCGGUGCGCCGGUAGUCACAGGCGGCUUCGCGAGCACUUCAAUCAGUCGUGGUGCGAGUACUACCCUCUCCGUGGUCGGUGCGCCGGCAGUCACAGACGGCUUCACCAGCACUUCACUCAGUCUUGGUGCGAGCACUACCCUCUCCGCGGUCGGUGCGCCGGCAGUCACAGACGGCUUCGCCAGCACUUCGAUCAGCACCGGUACGAGCACUACCCUUUCUGCGGUCGGUGCGCCGGUAGUCACAGGUGGCUUCGCGAGCACUUCAAUCAGUCUUGGUGCGAGCACUACCACCUCCACGGUCGGCGCGUCGGCCACCACGGUGGUUGCUUAG